UUUCUUUCCUUCUUCCUUCUAGGGUUCGUUGGCGCCCGCAGGAGAUGCGACUUUGCCGUCUUCCCCCCGAAAGUCACCCGGUUCUUCCAUGGCGUCGCCGUCUUCGCCUGUCACGUCAUCGUCGUCAUUUGCCGCGGCAGAUGAUGACGUCAUGGUCGGCAGUGUCGGAAAUGACGUCAUGGUCGGCGGUGCAGGAAAUGACGUCAUGGUCGGCGGUGCAGGAAAUGACGUCAUUGUCGGCGGUGCAGGAAAUGACGUCAUUGUCGGCGGUGUCAGAAGUGACGUCAUGGUCAGCGGUGUCGGAAGUGACGUCAUGGUCGGCGGUGUCGGAAAUGUCGACCUUAUUACGUCGCUGAGGGAGAAUUUGGCAUUUCUUGAGAGUGACAAUGCUUACCUGAGGCAAAGGCUGCUGAAGGCAGGCUAGGCAGACGGCGUGCUAUCCACAGGGUCGUGAACACUGAACAGCUCCAAGAGG